AUGAUCGAGUCCCGUUCCAGUCGCACCGUUCUCGGCUCCGUCCAAGACAUCUUCGCGUUAAACACAUGCGGUGGGCCUAGUAGUGUGAACGGAUCUCGCACACUCAACGACUGCCAGUCGGGCUGGGCUGGCGGCCCAGAGAUGCAAUGUGUCGUCAGGGCAUGCAAUAUGGGGACAGGAGAAAUGGGACGUCGGUCAGGGAUCACAGCGCUCACCGAGUCAGCCUCAUAA